UCCUGAAAAGCCCUUCUAGAAUGUUCCAUGAUAACCGCCAUUUUUAUUUCGCUUGAAAAUUAAGCAACUUUCGGAUAUUUUCUCUGUCUACACUUUCUCUCUCUAAACGAUUUUUGAAGUGAUUUCCCGCUAUUUUGAGUGAUUUAUUUGCUUUGUAUUUUCUCUCUCUACACUUUCUCUCUCUAUCGAGGAAAUCGAAUUCACAGUGUUUCUAGCUGUUUUCAGUGUUUUACUGGUACUUUCUCUCUCUAAACGAGUUUCGAUUUUUCAGUAAUUUACCGCUUUUUUUAGUGAUUUCCUUAUUUUCUGUCUCUACACUUUCUCUCUGUCGAGGAUAUCGAAUUCACAGUAUUUAUCGCUGUUUUCAGUGUUUUUCUGGUACUUUCUCUCUGUAAACGACUUCGAUUUUUCAUUGAGUUCCCGCUGUUUUGACUGAUUUCCUUGCUUUUUGCUGGAGACUCUGCACUUUCUCUUUCUAUUGAGGAAUUUUAAUUUACAGUGGUUUCCUAGUUUUUUAUCUUGAGAGGAACUUAAGAAUUUGAUUUCACAUUGGAUUCGCUGCAUUUCUAGUGAUUUCGAGGCUUUUAACUCAGUGGAAACCCUAGCCUGAUUCUCAGCAGAAGAGGAACGCUUUGGAGAAAGCUUAGCUUGUUUCAGAGAGGGCCUUGUUGUUUUAGAAACUGGCCUUGUUGUUUUAGAAAUCCUAGUUUUUGUUGUCAAUGGAGUCGAAGCCUGGUGUUAAAGGCGAGAACCAGAGCAUGCCUCAUCCGUUGGAGGCUCUGCAAGAACCUGCUGUUCCUCCUUUUCUAGUGAAGAUCUAUGACAUGGUGGAGGACCAUGGCGUUGAUGCUACUGUUUCUUGGAGCCAGGGAGGCAACACAUUUGUGGUUUGGGAUCCAAAUGAGUUUUCUAGGAUCAUUCUUCCUCGAUAUUUCAAGCACAACAACUUCUCGAGUUUUGUUCGCCAGCUCAACACUUAUGGUUUUCGCAAGGUUGAUCCUGACCGAUGGGAAUUCGGUAAUAAAUUCUUUCUUCGAGGGCAAAAGAAUUUGCUUAAGAAUAUUCACAGGCGCAAGUCCUCGCAAGUUCAUCUCCACCCAGGUCAUGCUUAUUCUACUCAGCUGGGAAUGUUUGGGCCCGAAGGUAAAAUCGAGAGACUUAGGCAAGAUAAGAACCUGUUGAUGCUUGAGCUCAUAAAACUUCGACAGCAACAACAAGCGACCAAUGUUGAGAUCCGUGAAAUGAACAGUCGGUUAUAUGCAGCAGAGCAAAGACAACAACAGAUGAUGUCUUUCCUUGCUAAAGCAAUACAAAGUCCCUUGUUCCUUGACCAGCUAACCAAGGAGAAGGAAAGGAGGCUAAUCACUUCAGGGAGAAAGAAACGCGACAUUCCUAUGCAAAGUCCAGCUGGUGAGGGAUCUUCAACAAUAGGGCAGAUUGUGAAAUAUGAACCAGAUUUCUAUGCCAGUGGUUUUUCUCGUUCUGCCCAGGAUGUGGAACCUGAUGAAAUCACAAAUCUUGAACUACCAGAUGAUUUCUCAAGCGAUGCAUAUGGCAAUGCUGGAACAGAUGCAGAGGAAGGAACACAUUUGGGGAAGGAUUCAACAACAGAGCAUAUGUAUUCAUCAGUAGCUGGUCAUAUAUCGGGAGGUUUUGCUUACCCUACUUUUACAGGGCCACCGAGCUCUGUUUUGUGUCAUUCACAUCAUGUCCCUUCAAAGGGGAAGAAUGUUGUGGCUUCUGAUAUGAAUGUCAAUGUAGGUUCUGUUGAUUUUGCUGGUUCUUCCUCCUCGAAUGAGGGUUCAGUCUCGGGAUUUAAUUACUCUAUUGAACAGGAGGAGAAAUUGCAGCUUGCUUUUGAUGCAAGUGACGGUUCCCCCAGUCUCAAUGACAAAUUUUGGGAGAAAUUUUUUAGUCCUGCAGGUCAAGAAUAUGAUGAUACAGGGGAGGAAACAAACUUUAUGGCACUUGGGUCCGAAAGAGCUAUGUCAAGCAAACAGUCAUCUAUUGAUGACCUCAUCUCUCAGAUGGAGCAGCUUGCAAAAGAUGGGCAUAGAGCCUUUGAUUCUUGAAACUCCUGUCCUUUUGUUUAUGGCCUACUGUGACAGUUGCUAGUUGUUUUUUUUAUUCGCAUUUUUCUCACUUGUUACCAUGGUUUCUAACACCAGGCAUGCAUGUUCUUGGUUUUAUGCAUGCUAGAAAUUGUUGGUCAUCUUAUCACCCUUUUUGUCCAUCAUCCCAGGUAAAUGCUGUUGUUGCCGUCCCAUGAUCCCUUUGUUUGACCUCAUCCACAUGGAAUAACUGGUUUUUUGAUGAGAUUGUCAAUGUGCUGAGUUCUACAGUUAAUCAUAACUGAGAGAUCUCUUUUGAGAAAGGAUGGCUUGUGUGAACAUAUUGGACAACUGGUGGGAGCACUCAGGUUCCUACCCUGGUUAAGAAGUGGCAGGUUAAGAAGUUGCAGGAUGGUUAUGAAGCCUCAUAUAUCCAUGCAUGGUCAGAGCCUUCAUCUGCUUGUAUAUCCAGAUCCUCUUCUAUCAAGCUGAGUCUCAUUCUCUUCUUGAUUAAUUGUAGUAUGUAAUCCCUCUUGAACUGUCUUAUUUAUUUAAUAUAUAUAUUUAGGAGACCAUUGUUUAUUUUUUGUACUUAGUAGGCAGAGAGUCAAACUUUGAAGGUUUGGAUUCUAAAUAUUAGCGGUUCUAAUUUAGAAAGAGGGGGUUGCCUGUUCUAAGGAACUGAUCUGUUAUGUUAGUAUAAAAAUGAAAGGAAAAACCACCUAUGAAUUGGGCAGCCCAUUCUGCAGAGUUGAUGGAAGCCUGAAAAACCAUAUUAGGAGGAUAUUAGGCCUGGAAUUUUGCAGACUUGUCUUCAUUGACAUUGUGAUCGAUCACCAAAAAAGAAAAAGUGAAAGAGGAAGAUAUUUCUUUUCGGCUCUUACUACCAGGGAUCCUAUUCUCGCGUAAAUGGACAGUCCAGAAGUGUAAUUAGAGCAGGAGCCGACAUCCGACAAAUGUAUAGACUUUGGGGCUUCCAAGGAUGCUGGAAAAAAAAGUCGCCCUGUCCAUAGAAAGUUUCCCUGAAAUUGAAUCAGACUUUUUAGUUUAUGCUACAGGAGCAUUCAAGUCUUUGCAAUUUAAGUGCUUCAGAUCUUCUCAAAGAACCAGGGACUGGUUCCAAGCUUGUGGAAUUCUUUUCCUAAAUCAUCUGUAAGUGGGUUCUAAAGACUUUGUGAUUGUAGGAAGCAUAGAAAGGGCCAUAGGUCUCUCUCUCUCUCUGUGGAACCGGUGACCUAAAUUUUUUUUCAUCGUUUUCUGCUAAAAUGUGCGGAAGCAGCUUUACAAAAUUGAUUUUCAUGUUUUAAUGCUAUACAAAAUUGCAACUGAGAUUGUACAGAAUUCCAAGUUGAAUGGGAACGGUUCUGGCUUUGA